AAAAGGCAAAGGGGUCUUGCUAUAUAAAGUAUAUAAAAGCACUUCCAUUCAGUCACUAAGUUCUGCUUGAUCUGAAUUCUUCUGAAGGCUGUCCAAAGGUUUCAAGCCUAUAUCGAUCCUUGUGAUCAAUGGGUUCAACGAAACCUUAUUUGGCAGUAAUUUUCAUACAGAUAAUAUAUGCAGGCAUGAUCUUGCUCUCUAAAGCUGCUUUCAAUCGUGGUAUGAACAGCUACGUGUUCGUCUUCUACAGACAAAUGGCAGGAGCUCUGUUCAUGUCCCCUCUUGCCAUGAUCUUUGAAAGGAAAAGUGCAACGCCUCUUUCUGUUGUGACCUUCUGCAAGAUUUUUAUGCUGUCUUUUCUGGGGAUCACUUUGGCCAUAAAUGCUUAUUGCAUUGCCCUUACCUACACAUCAGCGGCUUUGGGUGCGGCAUCCAUUAACUGUCUACCUGUUGGAACAUUUUUCUUUGCAGUUUUGCUCAGUGUUUUAGGUGGAAUCCUGUUGGCUGCGAGCCUUUACAGUGUUUUGUGGGGAAAAAGCAAAGAGCAGAAGAGCAUGGAAAAUGGUACUUGCUUAUCAGUUCCAGUUCAACCUGAAAAGGAACGUGCGCACCUGAAAGAGGCAGAGGCCACCAUCGCUGAACCAACCUUGUUUGUUUAA